ACUUCGUAUUCAGCUUCGUCUCUGAUACGUUAUUGUUAUGAUUUUUGGAAUUAAGGUUAGCUACUAGUUUUAUUAAAUCCGUGAAUUAAUAAUUGAUUGUUAAAACAUUGGUACUUUUUGAAUGUACUCUAAAAAGUGUUUGAGUGUAGAGUGCACUGUUUAAGUACGUUAUUUUGGUGACAUAAAGAAAAUGGGACUAGAAAAGAAAAGUGUUCGGAGGAGUCGUAGUCGGGAAAGGGAUAGAGAACGAGACAGAAGAGAUAGAGAUAGAGAAAGAAGAAGGUCAAGAAGCAGAUCGAAGGAAAGGAGAAAGGAUGACCGUAGAAGGAGAGAAGAUGAUGAUGUAAAAAGAGACAAACCUAGAUCUCGAAGUCGCAGCAGAGAAAGAUAUCGUGCAAAGGACAGGAAAGCGUCUCCACCCCAAGUUCCAGUUAAAAAAGAAGAUGAGCUUACUGUUAAAAAAGAGGAACCUAUAGAAGAAGAACCACAAGUGAUUAAAAAAGAGCCUCUUUCCCUAGAAGAACUAUUGGCUAAAAAACAAGCAGAAGAAGCUGAAAGAAGCAAGCCAAAAUUUCUAACAAAGGAAGAAAGAGCAGCUGAAGCAUUAAGAAAGAGACAAGCAGAAGUUGAAGAAAUACGGAAGAAGCAGGAUGAAGAGAGACGCAAAAGGGAUGAUUUUGCAAAAGAAGCAACCAAGCAGAAUGAUGAUAGGGGACGUGAAGAGUUUAGACGUCCAAGGGAUCGUACUACAGUAGAAGACAAAGAGUUGAAUAAGGAUAAAGAAAAAGAAGGAGAAGCUAUCAAAGAGCGAUACCUCGGACUUGUGAAGAAAAAGAGACGUGUAAGAAGAUUAAAUGACCGUAAGUUUGUUUUUGAUUGGGAUGCCUCGGAAGAUACUUCUGUUGACUACAACCCUCUGUACAAGGAGAGGCACCAGGUACAAUUUUUUGGCCGUGGAAAUGUGGCUGGUAUUGACAUUAAAGCUCAGAAACGAGACCAGUCAAAGUUUUAUGGAGAAUUACUUGAGAAAAGAAGAACUGAUGCAGAAAAAGAACAAGAAAAAGUUCGGUUGAAGAAAGUGAAAAAGAAGGAAGAGAAGCAAAAGUGGGAUGACAGACAUUGGUCAGAGAAAGCUUUAGAUGAAAUGACAGAGAGAGAUUGGAGAAUAUUUAGGGAAGAUUAUAACAUUACAAUAAAAGGUGGAAGGAUUCCAGAUCCAAUUCGUAAUUGGAAAGAAACCGGAUUUCCUCCUGAAAUUGCAGAAAUCAUUGAUAAAGUUGGCUACAAAGAUCCAACACCUAUUCAAAGACAAGCCAUUCCGAUUGGAUUGCAGAACCGAGAUAUUAUUGGCGUGGCUGAGACUGGUUCGGGUAAGACCCUUGCCUUUUUGAUUCCUCUGCUGAUGUGGAUUCAAUCUCUCCCCAAGAUUGAUCGUAUUGAAGAUGUUGAUCAAGGACCAUAUGCCAUUAUUCUGGCUCCAACUCGAGAGCUGGCACAACAAAUAGAAGAGGAAACAAACAAAUUUGGUGGUCCUCUUGGCAUCCGAACAGUAGUGGUGGUAGGAGGUCUGUCCAGGGAGGAGCAAGGGUUCCGACUACGACUUGGUUGUGAGAUUGUAAUAGCAACUCCGGGUCGUCUGAUUGAUGUGUUAGAGAACCGUUAUUUGGUACUCAACCAGUGUACAUAUAUAGUACUUGAUGAAGCUGAUCGCAUGAUAGACAUGGGUUUUGAACCUGAUGUUCAAAAGAUCCUAGAUUUUAUGCCUGUAACAAACUUAAAACCAGAUAAUGAAGAUGCUGAAGAUGAAGCAAAACUUCUUGCAAAUUAUAAUUCAAAGAAGAAGUACAGACAG